AUGAGAGAGAAAAACCGAACCUCUGUGGUAGAAUUUGUCUUCCUGGGUCUCUCACAGGAUCCAAAUAUACAACUUCUUCUCUUCUUCGUGUUUAUGGCCAUUUACUUGCUGACAAUCCUGGGAAACCUGUUAAUGGUCAUACUGAUCCAUAUAGACUACAGACUCCACACACCUAUGUACUUUUUCCUGAGAAACCUGUCCUUUGCUGAUCUCUGUUUUUCUACCACUACAGUGCCUCAAGCACUUGUACACUUUCUGGUGAAGACAAAAACCAUUUCCUUUGUUGGGUGCUCAACACAGAUAGUUGUUUUACUUCUGGUUGGGAGUACAGAGUGUGCGCUUCUAGCAGUGAUGUCCUAUGACAGGUAUGUGGCUGUGUGCAAACCACUGCAUUACUCCAGCAUCAUGACACAUGGAGUAUGUAUCCAGAUGACUGUAGUUUCCUGGGGCAGUGGUACAUUUGCAUCCCUGGUGGACACUAUAUUCACAUUACGUCUUCCCUACCGAGGAAACAAUGUCAUUAACCAUUUUUUCUGUGAGCCUCCUGCCCUUUUGAAGCUGGCUUCAGCAGACACUUACACAACAGAGAUGGCCAUCUUUGCCAUGGGUGUGGUAAUCCUUCUGGCUCCUGUCUCCAUCAUCCUCAUCUCCUAUUGGAAUAUCAUCUUCACUGUGGUCCAGAUGCAGUCUUCAGAAGGAAGGCUCAAGGUCUUCUCUACUUGUGGUUCCCAUCUCAUUGUUGUUAUUCUCUUCUAUGGUUCAGGAAUAUUUGCCUACAUGAGGCCAAAUUCCAAGAUAAUGAAUGAAAAGGAUAAAAUGAUCUCUGUGUUCUACUCAGCAGUGACACCGAUGUUGAACCCUAUCAUUUACAGCCUGAGGAACAAGGAUGUCAAAGCAGCUCUCAAAAGAAUGGUAGGCAAGCAAUGA